UGCGUGGUGCUGUUAACGCCCCACACGAUAGCGAGGACCGACGCUCAUCACGAUGCUUGUCGCUCGCCGUAUCACCCCCGUCCUCCUUGCUCUCCUUACUGUCGCGUCUGCUAGUCCUAGCGCCCGAUGGACCACGAGCAAAGUCAAAGAUAGCAUCGAACCUCCUCGUAACUGGAUCAACAUAGGUGAAGCUCCCGCAAAUCAUUUCAUCAACCUCCGCAUCGCGCUUCCGCAGCCGAAUUUCUCCGAGCUCGAGAGGCAUCUUUAUGAGGUCAGCGACCCGACACACGAGAGGUAUGGGUCACAUUUGUCCAAGGAGACUGUCGAGGAAUUGGUGAAACCGAGCGAGGAGAGCAUGGAUGCUGUGGGUCGUUGGUUAGAGGAGUAUAAUAUCCAGGAAAAGGACUGCAAGAAGUCUGAGAGCAGUGACUGGGUCAGGGUGCGCGUUCCGGUCGCAUUGGCCGAAAAGAUGUUGAACACGAAAUAUUACACGUGGAAACAUGCCGUUGACGGAGAGAUCAUCGUUCGAACAACGAGCUACGGUCUUCCUGAAGCUAUUCAUGGCCACGUCUUGGGAGUGCAGCCGACAACUAUGUUCGGCCGUUUCAAUAAGCAUCGCUCCUCCAUCAGUAUCAUCAAAGAUGCCCCAGAAGUUUCAGCGAACAACGGCACUAUCACAUCUGCAUCGGGCACCGUGGUUGAUGGUAGUUGCAACAGCACCAUCACGGUUUCUUGUUUGAAGGAACUGUACAAUGUCACUGGCAACGCUAGCACUACCAAUGGAAACAUGAUCGGUCUUGCAGGCUACCUGGAGGAUUAUGCCAACUUCCAGGACUUGCAAGACUUCUACGCUGAACAAGUUCCCGAGGCUGUGGGAUCCAACUUCAGCUACGUCUUGAUCAAUGGCGGUCAACUCAACCAAAGUGAACCUGGUGAAGAAUCGGACUUGGACAUGCAAUUUGGUCUGGGUCUGUCUUACCCAACGAAAGGAGUGUUCUACUCGACCGGUGGAUCGCCUCCUUUCACUCCUGACGCUAUCACGACCACGGACUCCAACGAACCUUAUCUUGAUUGGUUGGACUAUGUCCUGAAUGCGAGUUCUGUGCCACAGACGAUUUCGACCUCGUAUGGUGAUGACGAACAAACAGUUCCCUACGACUACGCCGUCGCUGCAUGCAACGGUUUUGCUCAGCUAGGUGCUCGUGGCGUAUCCCUACUGUUCAGCUCAGGCGACUCGGGCGUCGGAGAUGGUAUUCUGGACCCGAAGGAACAGACAUGUUUCUCGAAUAAUGGGACGAACGCGACGAUUUUCAUCCCUGAGUUCCCUGCCAGCUGCCCGUAUGUCACGACCGUGGGUGGUACACAGAGUAUCCCCGAGGUCGCCGUUUCGCGCUUCUUUUCCGGCGGUGGAUUCUCGAACUAUUUUGCUCGUCCAUCCUAUCAAGACGAUGCUGUGACCACCUAUCUCUCAUCACUGCCGAAUGGGACCUACGCCGGCUUGUACAAUGCUUCUGGGCGUGCCUACCCUGAUGUCUCCGCUCAAGGCGAUCGCCUCCGCAUCUUCUUUGACGGAGAUGCUACUCCUAUCGGCGGGACCUCAGCGAGUUCUCCGGUUUUCGCAGCCGUCGUCGCACUUCUCAAUAAUGAGCGUAUUGAUGCUGGUCUUUCGCCGCUUGGUUUCUUGAACCCUAUGCUGUAUAGUGUUGGAUUUAAAGGUUUGACUGAUAUUACGGAAGGGCAUAAUACCGGAUGUGGGACGACAGGAUUCAAUACGAGUGAAGGCUGGGAUGCUGUGACUGGAUUAGGCACUCCAAAUUUCGGCUUGCUGAAGGAUAUCCUGUUGACGUUGCCCUAGCGGAGGCGCCUAAUCUACCACCGUUCCCUUCACGAACGACCGUAAUGCAUAAAUGUUAUUUUC